AUUCGAGGUGAGAUCAAGCGCGUGACGUUUCAUUCGAGAGAAAAUGGGUACACCGUGGCGCGCAUGGAGGGCGCGGCGCCGACGCCGACGGUGACCGUCGUCGGCACGCUUCCGGGAGCGAGCGAAGGACAAAUGCUCGAGCUUAUCGGACAGUGGAAGGAAAACACAAAGUAUGGUGUCGAGUUCCUCAUCACCGGUGCGCCCACGGAACUGAAACCAUCGAGCGAGGACGGGAUGUUGCGAUACUUGAGCGGCGGCGCGUUGCCGGGCUGCGGCAAAGUCACCGCUCAGCGCCUCGUCGAUCACUUUGGCGUGGACCUGAUGGACGUCUUGAACUCGCCCGACGCGGCGAAAAAGUUGUGCGCGUGCGAUGGGAUCGGGCCGAAGACGGCGAUCAAGUUGAAGACGAAUUGGGACGAGUCGCGCGGCAAGCGAGACGCCGCAGUGUUUUUAGAAAAACACGGCGUGCCGUUGGCGCUCGCGCAACGCGCAGCGGCACAAUACGGUCCCAUGACGGAGGAUUUGAUUCGCGACAACCCAUUCGAGGCGUUAGGGGCGGUGCGAGGGGCGACGUUCCAUCGCGUCGACGCCUUGGCGUCUCGACUAGGCAAGGCGCCGAACGAUCCGGCGCGUCUCGGCGCCGCCAUCAUCGAAGUUUUGAGCGCGGCAGCGGUGAGCAGCGGGCAUGCGUACUUGCCGUGGAGCAAAAUCGUCGACGGUGUACGUGCUCUGCUCGGACAAUCGACGAUUACGGACGAGUUGAGCAUGCAAGCCGCCGCGGACGCGAUGCGAACCAAGGGUGAAAUUCGUGUGCAGCGCCUGCCGACAGCAAGCACGGCGGCGGGAUCGAUUGAGGUUUUCGAAGGCGAUUGGAGCACUGCGGCGCUUUACACGAGCGCCAUGCACAGUGCUGAAGUGGCCGUGGCAUCCGACGUCAUCAAUCGCAUUAGAAGACCGAAGAUCAAGGUUGACUCGGCACGCGUGGAGCGUUGGCUCGAAGCCGCCGCGCAAAAGGAAGGGUGGCGCACGCUGAGCGAAACGCAAAAAGACUUUGUUCGAUUAGCGCUUGAAUCGCCAGUUUCUAUUCUCACGGGUGGCCCGGGGACUGGGAAGACGUUUGCCACGCACGUGAUCGUCCGUCUGUGGCGCGCCAUGGGCAAGAGUGUGGUAAUGUGCGCGCCCACAGGUCGCGCCGCGCAGCGUCUGAUGGAAAUCACCACCGCCGGUAGAGACAUCGCCAAUCCGGUGACGAGCUCGACGAUUCAUCGAUUGUUGGAGUUCAAGGCUGCGGAUGCGCUCGAAGGCAUGGAAGAUGACGGGCCGAUGCAAGCGCUUUCAUACAAGGGUAGAUUCUCGCGAGACGCGAAGAAUCCCAUCCAAGCGGACGUUGUCGUCGUGGACGAAAGCUCCAUGCUCGACUUGCCGCUGGCUGCCGCGCUCCUCGCCGCCGUGCCUCCCUCAGCGCAAGUCGUAUUUGUGGGUGACGCCGAUCAGCUUCCGUCUGUCGGACCUGGUAGUCUAUUGCGAGAUUUGCUCGCCGCGCGCAACGUUCCGAGCAUCGCGUUGACGGACAUCUUCCGCCAAGCGGCGGCGAGCGGCAUCGUUCGCGCCGCGCACGCGAUCAACUCUGGAGCGUUCCUACCGUUGGACAUCAGAGAGCAGCGCCACGAUCCCGACUGUCUUUGGGUGAGCUUGCCCAGCGAAACGAACGCGAGCGUAGAGGCGGUGCUUGACCACAUUCUCAGCGACAUCUUACCCGCUCGUGGAUUCUCCCCAAAAGAUCUUCAAGUCUUAUCUCCAAUGCGCCGCGGCGUCGCGAGCACUGGAUCGCUCAACAACUGGCUCCAAACGUCGCUCAAUCCGAGCUGUGAGAGCAAGAAGGAGGUCGCCGUCGGUGGAUUUUCCGGCGACGUUACGUUUCGCGAGGGCGACCGCGUGCUGCAACAGCGCAACGAUUACGACAAAGAAGUAUUUAACGGCGACUUGGGCGUGAUUCAAAGAAUCGACACCAAAGCUGGCACCGCCAUCGUGAGCUUCGGCGCUGAUUUCAAGGAAGUUUCGUACACCAAAGGCGAGCUCAGAGACUUGAUACCGGCGUACGCCAUGACGAUUCACAAAGCCCAAGGCAGCGAGUAUCGCGCCGUCGUUCUCGUGAUGACGAACGCGCAUAAGCCAUUACUCCGCCGUGAGCUCCUAUACACGGGCGUGACGCGCGCCAAGGAGCUUCUCGUCAUCGUCGCUCCCCGCACGGCGCUCGCCGCCGCCAUCGACACCGCCGGCAAGGACCGUCGGUGCACGGGCCUCGUCGACCGACUC